UCUCAUGUAUGACUAUGGGAGGGGUUUACAGGUGUUAAUGGCUCGUCAUGAGGGAGUCUGAAGCACUAAAGAUAAAUAACAGACCCCGGAGAGGGACAGAUAGAGGGUGGUCUGGUUAUUUGGUGUGUGUGAUGGUGACUCUGGGGAUGUUUUGAUGGUGUUGAGAAGAUCAGUCACGCGCGCUCUGGAUGUUUUGGAGUUUACAAGCGAGCGGAAUGACGAAUCAACUGUUCAGGUUUCUGCUGUCUGCUGUGGUGGUGUGUCAGGCUGUUUCGACUGAAUCAGGUUGUGAGGGGUCAGAAUGUGGCAAAGCUGGAGUUUCUGGAAAGCCAAAACAACAGGCGGAAUUCUUGAAUAAGUUCAAUGAAAUGAACACGCAAACGCCGCAACGUCAACACCGCAACGCAGAGGCCGUGUUACCGUUCAUAGGACUGACUGGAGUUGCUAAACAAAGUCGUACCUGCUGCAAGAAUGGUGGAACGUGCAUUUUGGGAAGCUUCUGCGCCUGUCCGAAGUACUUCACCGGUCGGAGCUGCGAAUACGACGAACGCCUCAGGGAUUGUGGUGUUAUUCCACAUGGAGAAUGGGUUCAGAAAGGAUGUUCAUACUGCAGAUGUGGAUAUGGACUUCUGCACUGCUUCCCACAUGUUUUCAGCAAAGACUGUGACGAUUCUCAGGAAGUUCAGUGGUACCGUUCAAGCGCCCUCAGAACGCUGUCGUCUUCACUUGUCAUGUUUGUUGUCUUUAUUUUACCCUUUCUACUGUAAAUUAGUUUUCUUAACUGGGUUUCGUACAUGGCAUUGGAAUAUAACACAGCAGAGAUGAACUACAAACAAAAAGAUGUUUAUUUUAAGUUUUCUUUCUGGGCAGCAUUUAUUGGUGGCACUGAAAUGCAUUUUGCUUCCAGUGGAAGUGUAACUAGCUGUGUUAAAAGCAACUGUUUAGUGAAGGAACAUGUGUAUAUAGGAUUUAUAUUGAAAAUAUAUUGUGUGUGUGUCAGUGCGCAGCCGAACCAAAUGGAUUCUGUCUUUUUCUAUGUCUCUGUGUGAAUUUAUUGUACCAGAGAGUGCACUGGCUGAAAGAAAAGCUUUUUUAUAUUCCGUAUCUGCAAAUACACCCGUGUUUUACUUUUAGAAUAUACGUGUCAUCUUAACAAUGAGCCACGCUUCUUGAUUUAAAGUCAAGUUCUCGCUGUUCAAAUGGUCUCGUCCUUAUUUGUGCUCAACUUUCGUUUGCUGUGCUUGAGAGAGAGUCAGAUAAUGCUCAGAUAGCCUGUGAUUGUUGACCUUUCGGCUAUUUUCUCUUAUCUUAUAUAAACAAGUCGUCCAGCCAAUCAAUCUCAGUGGCUGGAAUGACUAUCUUGACCUUCUUGAGUUGGCCGGCGAUGUACUGUAACACUCUGUAUGAUUGAGCGAAUGAAUUUGUCUCAUCCAAUUAAAACUUGCAUCAAUAACUGA